AGACCAACAUCAGAUAUCGAAGAAUGUACCAAAUCCUUGGUUGCGAAAUAUAGCGGAGAAAAUUAUAUCGCGACAGUUCAGUGGCAGGAGGUUGGUGCGCUACAGGCAUCAUAUUACCAGAAGCUGAACGAAAAAGUGGAUUUUGGGACCGAACUUCAAAUCUACGCUGCUGCAGGACGAAGGGAAGCUUUGUGCACUGUAGGUGGUAAAUUCGACUUCAGGGCGGCAACAUUCAGAGGCCAGGUGGACACCUCGGGUCGCGUAUCCGUGGUCAUAGAGCAGAAGAUAGCCCCCGGAUUUAGUUUUCUCAUCACGGGUGAUAUCGAACACAUGAAG